CCCGCUGCCUCUCCCUCCCCGCGCAGCGCGGCGCAGAGCAGCGCAGCCAGCCGCCCCCGGCUCCCCGCGGCGCAGCGUCAGGUGCAGGGCAGUGCGCCUGUGCGGCGGCGGCGGAGCGGAGUCAGCACCGCGGAAGAAUGGCGGAGCCGGGAGCCGCGCGCCCCUGCCCCCCGCAGCCCCGGGCGCCAGGUUUGGAAGAGAGGCCCUGUGGACAUAGAUCAGACCCAUCUGGCCUUCUACUUUUGCGCACUGUACCCACAAACAGCAGAAACAAGUUUGUGGAUGGAUUUCUAAAAACGGAUGAAAGACAAAGAUUAGCAAAGGAAAGAAGGGAAGAAAGAGAAAAAUACCUUGCUGCCAGGGAGCAGCAGAUCCUGGAGAAGGAGAGAAGAGCAAAACUGCAGUAUGAAAAGCAAAUAGAAGAAAGAUGGAGAAAACUUGAAGAACAAAGGCAAAGAGAAGAGCAGAAAAGGGCAGCGGUUGAAGAAAAACGGAGACAGAAGCUUAAAGAGGAAGAGGAACGUUUAGAAGCUAUGAUGCGCCGUUCCCUUGAACGCAGUCAGCAGCUGGAACAGAAACAGAAGCGAUGGUCGUGGGGAGGAGCACUGGCUGCAGGCUCAGGGAGAGAUGGUGAAUCAGAAAAUACCCCACCCCCUCUAGGUUUAGUUGCCAACACCCUUCCUCCAGACCCUGUGACCUCUACUGCUGCUGCUGAUUCCUACAAUGCAUGUGACAAACUUUCAGCUUCUACAAUGAAUCUGCCAAAGCAAAUGGAGUCACCAAUCAGUAAGCGACUCUCCUCCUCCACAGCGGCAAUAACACAUUCCCCUGACAGAGCUCACCGCAUGCACCUUAGUCCAAUGGAAAAUUUUAUUGUUUCUCGACUCUUGACUCCUACACACUCUUCUUUAGCCAGAAGCAGAAGCACACUAGUGCUGUCUGAGCAGUACAGUGACUCAGUAUUCCAUAUCUGUCCUCGUGUAGCACCAGCUAGUCCUAUAAAAUCUCCCUACAAGCCUUCCCCCACCCGAAGCACAGAAAAAAAGAAGGCAACAUCAGCUUCUGCUUCUGAUGCCUCAAGAGGGGCAGCGGCAGCUGAAGUUACGCAGGCUGAAAAGAUAAAGAAAGAGAAGCGACCCACAACGCCUGUUUCAUCAUCUGGCUUGGGUUCCCCUCUGAGAAGAUCAGAUUCUCCUGCAGGCAUGUCCAAAAGAUCUGCAUCACCUGCAACACCCAAGACAGUUGCAAAAAAUUAUCCACAAUCUCCUAAAACUGCUAAACAAUAUCCAGCUUCUCCUGUGAAGCACCGUGCCACCUCUAAUCUUAGCCAGGAGACUCCUAAAAAGAAAGCAGAAAAGGAGAAAGAGAACACUGCUUACCACAAAGCCCAGGGAUCGCGUGCUGAAGAAGUGGGCCACACAACUGCUGAGAAACAUGUGCCUUCUACAGGAAAGACUGAAAGCAGUGAAGGAAAGCUCAUGGCAGGGACUACAGAUGCAGAAGAAGCUUCAAAAAUUUUGGCUGAGAAAAGGCGUCAGGCUCGCCUGCAGAAAGAACAAGAAGAAAAAGAGAAACAAGAAAGAGAAGAGCGUGAAAGGCUCGAGAGAGAGGAGCAGCAAAGAAAGGCAGAAGAGGAAAGAAUUCGUCUAGAGGAAGAAGCUCGUAAGAAGGAGGAGGAAAGAAAACGUGAAGAGGAAGAGACCAGGAGAAAGGCAGAAGAGGAAGCUAGGAAGAAAGCUGAGGAGGAAUCCAUGCUGAAGGAAAAGCAGGAAAAAGAGAUGCAAGCCAAGCUUGAGAAACAGAGAGAAGAAGCUGAAGCCAAAGCUCGAGAGGCAGCUGAACACCUACGUCUAGAAAGGGAACAAAUCAUGCAGCAGAUUGAGCAAGAAAGACUGGAGAGAAAGAAGAGAAUUGAUGAAAUAAUGAAAAGAACAAGAAAGAGUGACACACCAGAAGCAAAGAAAGAAGAGCCAAAACUGGAGACACCAUCAAUGCUGAAUGUGGAAAAACAACUGAAAACCCUUGUUCUCAGUCAACCAGAUUCUUUUGUAGAGAUCAAUGGACUGAAAACCUGCCAGGAAAGUAAAAGCUUAGAAGGUGCUGCUACUGAAACACUUCCUCAAGAUGUAUUUGCUAAUGGACUUAAGUCAGUCCCAGGGCUUAUUCACCUGGAUGCCAUUGAUGGGAAAUCUAACAGCAUGGAUGAUUCAACAGAUGAGGUUCAGUCUAUGGAUGUGAGUCCAGUUUCAAAAGAAGAACUUAUAUCUAUCCCAGAAUAUUCCCCCAUGAAUGAACUGAUGCCCGGUGUUUCUAUGGACCAGAAUGGAACAAGUAAUGCCAAGGCUCUUGAAGAUCUCUUGGAUUUCACUGGCCAGGCCACUUACUCCAAGAUGUCCAGUGAAACUAUUAGCAUAGAUGAUUGUAACAAGAACUUGAUUGAUGGAUUUAACAGUCCAGGACAGGAAAGCACCCUUAACUCCAUCUGUUGACAGCCUUGCUACCCUGUGGAACAGAUAAAGACAGAGGUAGUAAUUUGUGGAGAACAUACAUCCCUGUGAUGCUGCUGGCAGUUAAAUAUGAGCUUGUCAUAUGAAAAAGCUUCUGCAGUCCUUGAACACUGGAUUCCAAAUAAUCAGAGCUGAAUAUAACUGUCUUCCCAUGUGGUAUGUUGGAUAACUGGCCACUCUUGGUAGAAACCAGGAAUCCAUAGAAUGGUUUCAAGGAAGAUUCAUUGUGCUUUAGAAUUUGAGCUUUAGCUGCUAAUAAAGCACUUUUUUUUAAGUUAAAAUUCAUCUGAAUACUUAACUGUGAUUUUUACCCUGUCCAUUUUAUUUGAAAAUCAUUCUUCUUUUAAGUUUUAUCUAUCAUAGAAUUACUUGGAUAUCUUUUUCUUGUAAAUAUAUUUGAGGUUUACCCAGUGUGUUAAUAUUCAAUAAUGUAUUGGACUUUAGCUCCAUGCCUAUCUUCUUUUUUUCUUUUAUUAUUAACAAAAAGAUAAAAACUUGAAGAAUUAAUGGCAACUUUUUUGCAGGUGUAUAAUUACCAAACUAUAACUGACAAGGCAUGAAAAAAUAUGCAACUGCUGGAAUCAAAGGCGCCUUCUUACUGACUGUGGAGUAUUAGAAUUAUUCCAUGCUAAUAUGCAUUAUACGUGACUAUUUUGUCUAUUUGGGUUCUUUUAGCCACUUGUAAAUCAUUGGUUGGUUAAAGACUUAAAGUCUUUAAGUGACUGUAUCACUUAGGUGUCAGAUAACCCUGGUAAUAACAUAGGCUUGAUGCGUGUUUCAGUCUGCUUAAUAUGCAUUACAGAGCAGUAGUUCCAAGCAAGAACAUUGUGGGGAUCAGACAAAAUUAUUUUGUUUUCCUAUAGACUCAACAAAAAAUAUAAUAUCAGUAAAACAAUAUACAGACAUAACUACAAAAAUUGCAAGGCUGUGGGGCACUGGCACAAUUUUCUCACCUGUUUAACACUAUUAGCAUUCUUAAUAUUCAGCAAACAUCAAUAUGGGGAAAUUCAUCUUGAGAACAUAAGAUAUAUAGAUAUUACGUGCCAUACAAUGUAUUUUGGUUAGGGUUUUUUUUUAGUGAACUAUGGUAACUUUUAUGCUAGAUUCUGUGCUGCUUGGAAGGACUUUUCUGUCCAAUUCCUUAAAAAAAAUCACUUUUUGGAAACUACAAAAAAGUGGAAACUUUUUUUGAUAUAUAUAUAGGGAAGUUUACUGUGUAGCUUGGUCUCAAUUGUAGCCCUGUUUUGUGCUUUUUAAAGCCAGCAACUGUUUAAAAAAAUUAAAGUAGCCAAUGAAAUUGUGUGCAAGUAUAUAAAGAAAACAUGCCUACAACAGUACAGUUCUAUUUAUGUUGAUGUAUUUCAGCAAAAUAUCUUUCUGUUGACUGUGCAGUAAGCUGUAGCAUGGUACUGUGUCUUCCAAACUAGUCCUACAUAUGUUUCCUAAAGAAUAAAGAAAAAAAAGACAAACUAAUCAUGUUUGUUUUACUGUGAUAUAUUGUGUUUGACAGAUGUCACCUGAGAUUUAUAUGGUGUCAUUGUAUAACUGGUAGAAUUCUUCACUUGCAUGACAUGUAUAGCAUGUAUAAAAGUGAAAUACAUUUUCAUUCGAGUCUGA